UUUAAGUAUAAUAUAUUAAAAAGGCAAUCAAAAUUCUAUGAUUUUCUUUUCGGUGUAGUUCGCAACGCCGGGGUUCCCACCUGUUACUGGGAAAGGACUAAACUUGUUAUAGAAAAUUUGAAGGGAAAAAUUAUGCAAAGAAGACGCGCCAGAUCGCAAUAUUGUAAAGGUGAAUUGAUUGAACGCCAGGACUUUUCUGAAGAUUUAGCCGCGUUCAAAUUCCGGACUGAUAAGCAGCUUCCGUUUAUACCCGGGCAAUACGCUACGAUCGGUUUUCAGGUUGGUGAAAAGAUUGUCCAGCGUCCGUAUUCGAUCGUCUCCUCACCGCACGAGCCAUUUAUGGAGGUUUUCGUGGAAUUGGUGCCGGAGGGCGUGACGACCCCGCUGUUUUGGGAACUGAAAUUGGGGGACAGCGUGUUUAUCCGCGAACGUCUCGUCGGUAAAUUUGUCUUGGACACGGAGAGCGGGAUAACACGCCAUGUCAUGGCAGGGACUGUCACGGGUGCUGCGCCGUAUAUUAGCAUUGCGCGAACACAAAAAAUUGAACAAGAACAGGGCAAAACGAGUCCACAUCAGAUAUUAGCGAUCGUCGGUGCAAGCCGUUCGUGGGAACUUGGGUAUUACAUGGAUGAACUCAACGAACUCGCGGCGCAGGAGGAGUGGUUCACGUUUGUCCCGACGGCGAGUCGUCCGUGGGAGGAUCCGGAGUGGCAAGGCGAGAGCGGACGUGCCGAAGAUGUGAUUCGGAAAUACGGCGAUCAGCUCGGCUUCGAUCACACGAACGCGGUCGGCUAUGCGUGUGGACAUCCACAGAUGAUCGAGAAUGCGAAAGCGAUCUGGGCGCGUGCGCGUUUCCCCGAAGAACGGAUUAAAGAGGAGAAAUUCUUCGUGAUUAAGGAGUAG